CUCAUGCUGGCAGUCUCCAGAUAGGCUUUCAAUGGACUCAACUUGAAACCUCGCAAAACAGAACGACCUUCCAGAAAAAUUCGCAGCUCAUGCCAAAGGACGUCGUGAUCAACAUGCCCACAGACAUGCGAAGCCAAGGAGGCGAUUUCUCGAAAUUCGACCUUGACUACGUUCCACCAAAGCCGGGGGGAAUCACAUUACUCACCGUGAAUAUCCCUACUUCAACCCGCAUCCAAAAUGAACAGCGCCCUCCUCCGAGGUGGAAAACUCCAGAAUUUGUCUUCUACUACGUGGUCGCUUUGUUCGUGAUCCCUCUCAUGGUAUGGGUACCUAUCUACCUGAGUUCACCUUCACAUCCGAAUUACCCAUAUUAUUAUCACAGAUUGUCACCAGGCUGGAUGUUUGGACGCGAAGUUGAUAACAGUGAUACCCAGUAUCGAUCAUUUCGCAACAACAUACCUUCGCUUUCAUUCCUUGUUCUGAUUUUCGUCGCUCUCAAGUAUAUAUAUACACGGUCUGCAUUGCGCUCUGCCUCGAGUAUACCCUCAGAUCAGCUUUACUUGAUUCCGUUUUUCCUCGUGUUUUCUGCUCUGUACCUUGCUGGCCUCCACGGGACGAGCAUUUUCAAGAUUAUAUCCAUCCUGACGGCUAAUUAUUGGAUUGCUAAGACAUUCAGAGGAUCGCGCAUGGGACCGCCGCUAACCUGGAUCUUUAACGGUUCAAUGUUAUUCGCAAACGAGAUAUAUGGCGGAUAUCGGUAUGCUACUUUGCAUCCUUCAUUAGAAGUUUUGGACACUUUCCAAGGCAUUUAUCCUCGUUGGCACAUAAGCUUCAAUAUCACUAUGCUGAGAUUGGUGUCAUUCAAUAUGGAUUACUAUUGGGCCUACAAUUCUCGCGGAGGAGAAAGCUUAAGCUCUGCUUCCACUGAAAAGCAGAGAGCCAACACACCACUCCCUUUAGAAGAUUAUACAUACCGGAACUACAUCGCUUAUGUCCUCUAUCCUCCGCUCUACAUCGCUGGCCCUAUUCUGACAUUCAAUAAUUUCAUGUGGCAGUUGCGCCACCCUAUAGAUAUUCCAAUACACGUCCAAAGUCGCUACUUGGUUCGUUUCCUUAUUAGUCUCCUGACCAUGGAGUCCAUACUACAUUAUAUGUAUGUCGUGGCCAUCAAAGAUGCCAAGGCUUGGCAAGGCUAUACACCACUGGAGCUGAGUAUGAUUGGGUUUUGGAAUCUCAUCAUUGUUUGGUUAAAACUCCUUUUGCCAUGGCGAUUUUUCCGUCUCUGGUCUUUGGCAGGCGGCAUCGAUCCACCUGAAAACAUGGUACGGUGCAUGGUGAAUAACUACUCUACUCUCGGAUUUUGGCGAAGUUGGCAUCGGUCUUACAACCUUUGGAUUGUCCGAUACAUCUACAUCCCGCUCGGGGGAACGAAGAACGUUGCAUUAACAACCGCGCUUGUUUUCUCAUUUGUCGCACUCUGGCAUGACCUGUCUUUCCGAUUGCUUGCGUGGGGAUGGCUUGUUAGUUUUUUCAUUCUGCCUGAGCUUCUUGCACGUUAUCUUCUCCCUCAAACAAAGUAUGGGCGAUUUUCAUGGUAUCGCCAUGUCUGCGCAAUUGGAGGCGGUCUAAACUGCGUGACGAUGGUUUCCGCAAACCUUGUUGGAUUCGUCGUCGGGAUGGACGGGAUGAUGCACAUGGCCAGCCAGAUAGUGGGAACGUGGCAAGGAUUCCGUUUUUUGAUCGGAGCGAGCUGCACUAUCUUCGUGGGAGUACAGUUUAUGUUUGAGUACCGAGAAGAAGAGAUGCGGAGAGGUGUUUACCGACGGUGUUAAUGAUCUACUUAUGGAAUCACAGAUUGCAUUCCUAUAGUGUCCGACGUCUUCUUCCCUGCGCCUAUAGGAAACGAAAAUGCCAAGCGUCGUCAUUCCGAAGUGUCAUUCACAGGCUCCGUCCGCUAGGGUCAAGUGGAAGCCCGUUAUAGCCGACGAUGAGAAACAUUAAGAGCACGCGAACAGAACGGGACACGCUCUGUAUUGUGAACGACGACGACGAGGCAAUGUACAAAGCUGGACUAAAACACAAGUCUACUGCAGUAUAAUGUAGAUGAAUGCAGAUGCAAGCCCCAGCUCCCAUCAAGUCGUCUGAUGAACAAGGGGGU